AUGUUGAAGUUGUACCUCCUUCUGGCUAUCUGCGGAUCCCUGUGCUUUGCAGUCCAACUCCGUGGAUUUAACAAGGUUGUGAGGAUCAGGAAUGGUGCGUUACCAGCCCCUAGCUACAUCCUGGACCAGCUGCACUUCCACGUGGGUGCCAGGGACGACAGAGGCUCCGAGCACAGCGUCAACAGGAGGUUCUUCCCGGCUGAGAUCAGUAGAAAUGACAACAGAGCCUUGCAACCGAUAAUAAAUCAGUUGUGCCGAAUCUCCAGACCAGAGAGCAGCAUACAAAUAAAUCCGCUGUCGUUGCGCGGCCUGCUGCCUGGUAACGUCAAGAAGUUCUACAGGUAUCGGGGUGGCUUGACCUCCGACCCACCGUGUUUCGAAAGUGUCGUCUGGACAAUUUUUAAAGAAUUUGCUACCAUAUCAAGGAGGCAGUUGAUUGUCUACCGAAAAUGUCUGUCAAGUAUUUUGGACAACAUCCGCGAGAUUCAAAAGCUAAACGGUCGCCUGAUUGAACAAACUCCUUAA